AUGCUCGGGAGCCAGUUCGACGUUGCCAAGCUCCACCCCAUGGCCGAGCUGAACGACAACCUCGACUUCCUCGCCCUCGACGAGGACAAGCUUACCGAGAUGGAGGGCGCUGGGUCGGUCCUUCCCUCGCGCGGAUGGACCGACGACCUGUGUGUCGGGACGGGCACGACGUAUCUUUCUGGCCUCGCGAUCGGCGGCGCCUGGGGCCUCAAGGAGGGCAUGUCCCGGCCACUCGGCCCCAACCCAUCUAUGCGCCUGCGCCUCAACUCGAUCCUCAACGCAUGCACGCGGCGAGGCUCGUUCACGGGCAACUCGCUCGGUGUGCUGGCCAUCUACUACAACCUGACCAACUCGGCUCUGGAUGCUGUGCGCGAGAAGCACGACCCGUUCAACUCGAUGGCUGCGGGUGCAUUUACUGGCGCCGUGUACAAGUGCACUUCCGGCUUCCGCCCUAUGAUGGUUGGCGCGGCGAUUGGCACGGGCGCGAUGGGCGCGUGGGAGGCGUUCAAGACGUUUGUCUAG